ACUUGUCAAUCAUCGGGUUCCUGGUGUUCCUGGUUCCGCCUGGUUGUGCGAAUUGUUGUACAGUAUUUCACUGGUGUGGGGUAGGGGCUGUGAAUGGAAGGGGGACUGUACAGUUAUCAUGGAAGGAAUGCUUUAUAAGUGGACCAAUUAUCUCAGUGGAUGGCAGCCACGCUGGUUUGUUCUUGCUGGUGGAAUUUUGUCUUAUUAUGAUUCACAAGAGGACACAUGGAAGGGCUGCAAAGGCAGCAUUAAGAUGGCGGUGUGUGAAAUACAAGUGCAUACUAACGACAGCACAAGAAUGGAGCUGAUCAUCCCAGGGGAACAACACUUUUACCUGAAGGCUGUCAAUGCUGCAGAGAGACAAAGGUGGCUUGUUGCCUUAGGAUCGUCCAAGGCUUGCCUGACAGAUAGUAGGACGAAGAAGGAGAAAGAAAUAAGUGAAAACACUGAGUCCCUGAAAAAGAAGGUCUCUGAACUGAGAUUGUAUUGUGAUCUUCUCCUCCACCAAGUGAAUAACCUAAAAGAAAAUGCACAAUCUAAUCAGCCUAAUCCAACUGAUUUAGAGAUUGAUAUGGCAACUCUUCUAAGAUCAACUUGCAACACUUUUAUGAAGACAUUGGAAGAAUGCAUGCAAAUUGCAAAUGCUACCUUUAGGCCUGAACUGCUGCACCCUACACCUCCAGGUUCUCCGCAUGUGGCCAUCAUAAAACCAAACAGAAUUAAACUCCAUCAUCUAUACAGUUCCAGUUGCACAAAAAGGAAUGAGCUGAAUAACUUCCAGAAUGGAUCAACGAUAGAACAGGCCAACUUCAAGACUCAGGAAAGGUCGCAGCCAGAAAAUGACGAUCAGCCUCAAGUGAAUUCAAGAAGGGGAAGCACAGAAAAUGCAGAGGAGAGGAUGGACAACUCUGUAUUAGUAGAUACAGCUACUGAGAAGUGUGGUGUGAAUAUUGAACUUCAGCCCUCUGGAACUGAAGAUGAGAUUGCUGAGGGUAGUGAGGAACUGAGUGGUAUAAAUACAACACUUGAAGCAGAAAAUGAAGAGAUUCAGACAUUCUUCAGUGCAAUGGAUCAAAGAUUUAAUGAUAUUGAAUUUGAAGAAGACAAUGGUAUUCCUACUCUGCCAUUUCUGGAAUCUUGUUAUGCAAUAGUCCCAGUAUUAGAUAAACUUGGCCCAACAGUCUUUGCUCCUGUUAAAUUAGAUUUUGUGGGUAAUAUUAAGAAAAUAAAUCAGAAAUACAUCACUGAUUCCAUAAGGUUCACUACUCUUCAGAAGAUAGUACUGUAUGAACUAGAAACUGAUGAGGCUACAGUUAGAAACUCUGCUACUGAGGCACUCCUUUGGUUGAAGAGAGGAUUGAAAUUUCUGAAAGGAUUUCUGCAAGAAGUGAACAAUGGAGAGAAGGAUAUACAAAAAGCACUAAAUACUUCAUAUGGUAGAACAUUGCGACAGUACCAUGGUUGGGUUGUUCGAGGUGUCUUUGCGUUGGCAUUAAGAGCAGCUCCAUUUUAUGAAGGGUUUAUGGCCGCACUCGCUGUAAAUGAAGGAGAUGAGCAGAAGGAAGCGUUCUAUGAAGGCAUGCAGAGAGAUUUAAACCAGUAUCUUCCAGCCAUGGGGAGGCAAAUAGAGAUCUUGGAUGCUUUGUACGAAGAAUAUAAUUUAGAAUCUGAUGAAGUGGUAUAAUGGUAAAUCAGUGUUCCUCAUAAUGUUGACUGAAAAGGAAGAAAUUUGACCCUUUUGGGGCAUUCUGCACCACAAAUGAAAUGUGCAACAAAUAUUAUUUCAUCGGCUUUAGUCAAGUCCAUUGCUUUCACUUGAAUAUAUUCUGUUGAAUUUCAAAAAUUGAAUAUGUGUGUACUGAACAAAUGGGCAAUGGAGGUACAUUUCUGCAGGCUUGUUUGAUGAUAGUGGCAUAUUUAUUUGGUGUUUUGAAUCCAAAAAUCUUUGAACUCAAUGUGUCAACUCAUUGCCCAAAAUAAUUGCUACCAAAAUGACUGCAAUGAAUUUGAAACACUAAUCACUGUUUAUAAUAUUUAUCAUUGUAAGUUGGUCCUGAAAAUAAUUGCAUUAUUUUUUAUGUUGUUGUAAAUUUAUGAAUUCUUAAAAGUCUGCUGAAGUGACUGAUACAAAGAGACUUCACUUUGCACAGAAUCUGGUUGAUUUUGACAUAUUUUAAAAUAUUGAGAAUCAUGCAAAAGAACAAAGUGCUUUAACAACUGACCAGUGUCUGCUAGUUCGUUGCAGCCCUUCAUAUAUUCAUAAAGGACUUGCCUGAAAGCAGAUCCAGCUAGUCUGAACCAUCUAAUAUGUAUGAAUUUACUAUGGUUUAUGAUGUGAUAAAACGUUUGUUAAUUAAAGCAAAGGACAUUAUUUUAAUCCAUUUCAUAACAUUAUACACAGCUAUAAUGUAAUUAUGUUUUAAAUAUGAUUUAUGAAGAGUGCCACUGAACUUCAUUUAAGGUGAAAGCAGCUUUUGAGGAUAUUAUAGCAGAACACCUCAGAUCUUUUUAUGGAGCUUUAAGCAGCGGAGUUGUUUUUGCCUGGUCUAUACAUGCUAAUCUAUACAACUAUUAGUUUGCCUGUUUUAACUGUUCCAGUCCAGUGUUUCUGGAGUGCAGUGAUCACAAGUUGAAAACAGUACUGGACCUCAUUAAGUAAAGGGACAAAAGAAUUAACAGCCAAAUAUGUGCCAAAGUAAUCCAUCUUUCCUACAAAUGGAAUGCACAGGCUUCUACAGACCAUUGACUGGGCACAGGGUUGACUCCAAAACGUAUUCAGGGAAAAGGCCUGGGCUGUAAAAAAAAAACAAAACAAAACAGAGUAAGCUGACAUGAACAUUUUACAAUAACUGCUCAAUGUUGAGAAGCUGCCAAUAAUAUUUUUGGCUAAUCAAUUGUCAUACCAACUUGUCGACUGAGCUAACCUAACUUAGUCUAGUUUUUAGAAGUCUUUCUAUAAUGCAGUAAAUGGACUUAACAUACAAUUAUAGCCGUUAGAAUUUAUUUAACUGAAAAAUGCACUGUGUUUGUGUGUAAUAUAUAUAUAUAUAUUAUAUAUAAUACACCUUUGUAAAUAUAUGGAUAUAUUUUGUACUUAUUUAAUAAAAAGUUGCACU